GUGAGAAAUCAUUUUACAAAUAGGGUUGCACAUUUUAUAUUUUUCAUUUAAUGGCAGAGCAACGGAUCUAAAAAAAGCUGUCGCGCAGAUUAAAGCAAACUGACGAAGGAGGGUCGAUUUGACUAACAGUUCAGAAUAUCACAGACAAGCCUACUGUUUGCAGUAAAUAACUUACUAAGGAAAGCUACGAUGGGCGCUCAUCUUGCGGUCGUAAUUGCUUUACUUUUAGCCUCAGCUGAUGCCACACACCAAGAAGCUGUAGGCGAUCUGCUAGUCGCGUUGGAAAAGGCUGCGGACUUCUUUGAAAGGGAGUUCAGACACAUUAAUCUGGACGGAGUGGUGGGAUUUCAAAUUUUGAACGUAGAGGUGAAGGAAGCUUUGAGAAGAUGGCCCCACACAGACCUUGGGAACAUACAUCAGAUAGCCAGAGUGAAGCAACUUGUGAACAGGCUGAAUUCUAUCAUUGCCCAAGCAGUGGUAACAUUGCAGGAGAGUGAUCCUACAUAUUACAGAGCAUUUGAGCCCAUUUUGCGAGCUGACUUUUGGACAGUUCCUCACAUGUGGAAUACAUCAAACCCAGCUCUCGUCUACCCGGCGUUCAGAGAAGUGGAGUGCUUUGACGAGAAACUGAGUGACAAGUGUAUGACCCUUCUGCUGGGAACAUGGAAAGACAAUGGGACUCCAUGCAUUGUCACUAAUUCCUGCAGGACCUUUAUGACGAGGCUCAGAUGCCCCGAUUACUCCCUGUCUCAUCAGCUGUUGUACUUCAUGUUCGGGGCAAUGAAAGGGUGUCAUAACAUACUGCAAGGCGAGAGCAGGGAGAGCCGAGCCAACCCGACAGACCACGAUUACAAGAGGAUUUUCUGCUCUAACAUGAUGAAGCGCAACAUUGAGUUUGAAAAUAAUGGUUUCCCAAUCCAGACACGGGACAUCUUUAUAGAGAACAUAAUGCUGUGUGGAAUGGCAGGCUUCUCGGAUUUCUAUAAAUCCAGCUGGCUGAGGCACAUCCUGACAUGGCAAGACUCUGAUGGGGGUUGUUUUAAGAAAGAUGAGAAGGAAAGCCCACAUGGACUGGACAGAAACCUACUGGGGACCACAAAUUCUCACAAAAGAGUGAAUAGAAGAGAAAAAAUAUUAAAAGAUGGUUGUUCCAGCCACAUGACUGCAGUUGCAGUGAGUAUGCUGGGAGGGUACAUGAACUUCUAUCAAAUGGAGCAGGACAUCACUAAAAGACCACUGACAUAACUGUACAGUACAUGAAACUCAUCUGUAAGAUUCUUUGAGCCACAAAGACCUGUGUGUCAUCAUUAAAAGCUAAAUGACCUCUGAAAAGAGAAAUAUCCUUUGUCAUCCUGUAUAAAAUGUGUAGCCCAAUUAUUAACAAUGAUAUUUAUAUGGUAGUAUAGAUUAAAAUAGUGGUGUUUAAAAUGAAUGUGUUAUCAAGAAUAUUUAUUACUAAUAAAACUCACCUGGUUCCCAGUAAUCUAACUAUAGGGGCACUGUUAUAUGAACUGCUCCCAUGAGGUGGGCUUUUUUAAUCCAUUAUUGCUUCAGGGCUUGAAUAUUAUUGUAGAAAUGUAAUUGCCUUAUUAACGUUUUAAAGUAAAGUAUUUGUCAAGUGCAUUAUUGCAGUGUUUUUAUGUUAAGUUGGUUAAGUCCUUAUGCUGAAAAGUGCUAUUAUAUCUGAUCUUUUGUAACACAAACUUGGCUGUUACAUAUUGAAGAUUCUGUCAGAUAAAACGACUUUUGG